AUGUCAAAUUGGUCACGCGCUACAAUAAAACAGUACAAUAGCGCCUUGAAAAAGUGGGCAGCCUUCUGCAAGAAUACUGGUAUAGACAGGUUGCACCCUAGGGUCGAAGAUAUUUUGAAUUUUCUGGGCCAGCUGUUCGAAUCAGGCGCAAGCUUCUCAUCGAUCAGCACCCAUAAGUCGGCCAUAAUCGUCUACCUUUCGGCCAUCAAUGGGGAGUUCUGUAGGGAGGACAUGAUCCUUGUAAAUAGGUGCAUGAAAGGGUUCUUUCGACAGCGCCCCCCACGACCCAGAUACGCUGAUAUAUGGGAUGUAUCAGCAGUACUGAAAUAUCUGAGAUCUCUAGGGCCUAAUGCCACUUUGAACCUCAAACAGCUAACUCAUAAAACGGUAAUGCUGUUAGCCCUAGUGGCUCCCAAAAGAGUUUCCGAAUUAGCAGCAUUAUCGUUAGAUUCAGUACGCUUGGGAGAGGGUUGUUGGGCCUUCUCCUUGAAUUUCAUGAACAAAAAUAGAGGAUUCGGCAAAGCACACACAGCGGUCGUGCAAGCCUAUAAAGACGACAUCCUCCUAUGUCCGUUGGCGACGAUAAAAGACUAUAUAAAUCGCACUAUCUUAUAUCGUAACCAAGUACGGACUUUAUUCAUGAGCGUUAACCGUCCUCACAAAAGUGUAACAUCCACCACGAUAGCUCGUUGGCUCCGAGAAGUGCUGAAAAACUCUGGCAUAGAUGACCGAUUUAAAGCGCACUCAACUAGGGCAGCAAGCACAACCUUUUCAAAGAGGCAGGGUCUCUCUUCAAAGGCAAUUAUGGAAGCAGCGAAUUGGGCACCAAAUGGUACCACCUUUGAGAAGUUUUAUUACAAAGGUCCACUGGAGCAAUCGUUCCAGGACUCGGUGCUCUCUUCGAACAGGAAAUCCAAGAGGAGCACAGAAAGGAGAGAUGAUAUGGAAGAGAAACGCAAGAAGGAGAAAGAACAGAAACGAAGGAAGUCGCACUCUUCAAAAAAGUAA